AUGAACGAAACGGAGACCUCGACUCCAAUAUUGCGAAUCCUCGUGACGGGUCGAGUCGGCGCAGACAAAACUGCAUUGCUUCGCAAAGUUUGUGGGUCUUCAUACCAGGUAAUAUCAGGAGAGAAUGAUAUCGAACGAGAAAUACAACCACCUGAUCAAAGAUAUGUCUACCACGACUCUCCUGGGUCUGAUACGACAAGUGACCCCGAUCUCUGGUCGAUGAAAGCAUUUGUUGAUCGGCGGGCGCAAACGAACGCUCUCUCCCAGAGACUUCACGCAAUCUGGUACUGUAUACGAACCGAUACUAAUGUGUCCGUGGCACGAAGUGAUCAAUACGUUUUCAACGAAGGGAUCGCUGGGGAUGUCCCGAUCAUUAUCGUUUUCACCAAGUACCUUGGCCUCGUAGCAAGGGCAUAUGGAGAGCUGCGCAAAACAUUCCAAGCUGAACGAGUAGAAUCGAAAGAAAAGCUACUCGGCAGAGCUGCGGAGCUUCUCCAGUCAAGGUAUAUACAGCCAUUACAGGCAAUGCGACAUCCUCCGCGCCACUUUGUUCGUAUCGGUGACAUGUCUUUCUCACUCGUCGAUAUCCUGUCACUUACGACCCCGCCAGACCUCCUCGAUGAACAAACGACCUGUGACGAACUUCUGCAAAUAACGCAAGAAAUGUUAGCGGGCGACGCACUCAAGCCGAUCAUUCUAGCUGUUCAACAAAAGAACUUAGACUCUUGUAUCGCCGCAGCCAUUCGAGAUUGUCUCGACUCAGAAGUUAGUCAAAAUCUCACAACGCUACCUUCCACCAUUUUGCCGCAUUUUCCUCAUGUCUGGAGGGUCAGUAUUUCGGAUGAGGAACCAAUCGACCGCCAACGAGAACCUGUACAGCCACAGGAUAGCUUGCUGGUUCGUUGUAAUUGGGCCGCUGUCCAUGGAAUAACUCAGAAUCAGGUCAAAAAUAUCCGCAAAUGCGCCUCCACACUCUCAGAUCUGAAUCCCUUCCCGGAUCUCCGUGCGCAUGCCAAACGAGCCGAGAUAAUUGCAGCAAUCUGCAUUUGCGUUGAAGAGACUUUUAUGGACCAAUCCAAUUCGAGUCCAGCAGUCGACUUCCCCGCGGCAUUUCGUACAGCAGCGGAAGCCUACUUUUCUCCCAACUCUUCUAUCCGGGUUUCCGUGACCAGAAAGAUCGCCAAGUUAUCGCCUCAGGAUUAUCGCGAGGCUUCAACGACGGAUACCGAGACCGCUCACCCAUCCCCAACGCGGAAGGCAGCCACGAAGCUCGUAGAAAUGAUAACGGCGCACCGGCUACGACUGCCGGUGAUUUCGCCUCCGAGUCGGACUUCUCCGGGGUGA